CUAUUCUAAUCGCGCACGUGGCGAAAAUAAUUUACCCGCCCACCAUGCAUGCACGCCGUCGCUAGCGCGCUACUGUAUAUACGCUGUGUGGCCUUUGCACGAUUGGUGUGCAGAGACUGCCACAGCCUUUCCUCAGGGAGUGCUCUAAUGCAGUAAAGGAAGAGCGCGUUGAAUACUUGUGACAACAGCAGUGUUUUUGCCACAAAACAGCUGGGCUGGGACAGAGGAGAGCUCCUCUAGCUCAGUAACAUGGGCAUUCCAUGGAAGCCCACUGCUGCUCUCUUGCUACUACUGCACCUAGUGCACAGCGACUCUAACCUUCCUAAAAUUGAUGUAGAGGCAACAGUCAACUUCUUAGCACAAGUGGGGGUGACUCCUGGAGAGAAUGGAACUCUGCCGACCGCCCCUCUAUCAAGCACCACAGACUCUGCCGAAUGGCAACAGAUCAACUCUGAUUUUCCCGUCGGGUUCGCCUUCCACGUACAGGCAGUUCUAGACAACUACAGCGGAGACCUGGCAUCGCUGAGCGGUGGCCAGCUGAGAAUAGCCCUCGAUGGCGCGGGCUCUCUGCUGCAAGUCCUGACUUUGACGGUACCCGGAGUUUCGCCACUGGUGGCUGCAAUCCCGAGCUCAGAUCCUCCCGGCUCACUCCAGUCUCUUGGAAUCAGCAUUGAGAGCAAGCUCCUCUCGGUUAUUGUCGACUGCCACAUCAUCACCUCAGUUUGGCUGGCCAACAUGCCGCAGCACUUUGACUUUUCGGGAGUGGAGGCCCUCAACCCUCUCACAGUCGUUAAGUCUGUCAUCUUCUCUAAUAAUGUGAGCGUAGCUCUAACUGGUUGCACAGAACUCCAGAAUGAGCUUAAUCCAAGAGGACCGCCGGGCCCACCUGGCAGAGAAGGCCCCACAGGAAUGCCCGGAGAUAUGGGAGGUCCAGGUGACAUUGGACCUGUGGGAAAGAAAGGAGAUCAGGGACCAUCAGGUCCUCAGGGGCCUAAAGGAGACAAUGGAACGAAGGGAGAUGAGGGACCAAAAGGAAUGAGGGGUGACCCUGGAUUAGAUGGAGACGAUGGAUCUACAGGAGACAUUGGAAUUGAAGGAAGAUCUGGCGUCCCAGGACCCGAGGGAGAAGAAGGAGAUAAGGGACUCACUGGUCCAAAAGGAGAGCAGGGGGUUGCUGGUCGGAAAGGACCAAUCGGUCCAACGGGUCCACCCGGACCAUCCGGUUCUCCAGGCCCAGAGGGACCUAGCGGAAGAAAUGGUGACCCAGGAGAUCCAGGUCAGAAAGGAGAUAUCGGCGGCGUCGGAGAUCCUGGAGAUGAGGGAAGACAAGGAUUUCCUGGGAUAAAGGGAGAUUCAGGGUUUCCUGGAGAGAGUGGAGAUGGGGGUGAUGUUGGAGAGAAGGGCACUGAUGGACCCAUGGGUGAAAUGGGGCAAAAAGGAGACAUGGGUGAUGUUGGUGAUCCAGGGAAUGAUGGAGUGAAUGGUACCGAAGGAGAUAAAGGAGAGAAGGGCAUCAAUGGCAGAGCUGGACUUCCAGGACCUCCAGGCCCAAUAGGACCUGCUGGAGAUAAAGGCGACUUGGGAGACCGAGGUAUCACUGGAAGAAUGGGACUUCCCGGAGAUCCAGGUGACAUGGGGAUAAAGGGGGAUAGUUGGAGAAACCGGUGAAGAUGGUGACGUGGGAGAAAAGGGAGUGAAUGGAACUAAAGGAGACAUGGGAGUCAAAGGAGACGAUGGAGGUGUGGGACCUAAGGGACUGGAGGGUAACAAAGGAGGCAUGGGAGAGGUUGGUGAACCCGGCCGGGACGGAACAGAUGGCAGACUUGGCGUCCCUGGAGUGCAGGGUCCCUCCGGUCCAACAGGAGUGAUAGGUGUGAGGGGUCGAAUUGGUCAUCCUGGAGACCCUGGGCCUGACGGAUUUGACGGGAUGGAUGGAAUGAAAGGGGAUUCUGGAGACCCGGGCAGACCAGGAAAAUCGGGCAUUCCUGGACUAUAUGGUAAACCAGGUUAUCCUGGACUCCCAGGGAGACAGGGCCAGCCUGGGAUGAAGGGAGAUGAUGGCGCGAAAGGAGAUGAUGGAAUGGACGGAGACAAAGGAUUCCCCGGAAAAGGAGGUCCAAAGGGUAUUCCGGGACGCAAAGGGCCACCUGGAGCACCAGGAGAGGAUGGAAGCAUAGGAGAGGAUGGAGAGGAUGGUGUACCAGGAGAGAAUGGAACAAAGGGAGAGAAGGGUAUUGAUGGAAGACAAGGAAGUCCAGGAGAUGAAGGUGAUAAAGGAGACAUGGGUCAAAAGGGAGACAACGGGACCCUUGGAAGAACAGGACUCCCAGGAGAGAGAGGAGACAUUGGAGUUAUGGGAAAUAAAGGUGAAAUGGGACAGAAAGGGAUGAUGGGAGAUGAAGGACAAAAAGGAAUCAAUGGAAGCCAGGGAGUAGAGGGAGCAAAGGGACUAAAAGGAAUCAUUGGCAUGAAGGGGGAGAUGGGAAUAAAAGGUGAUGCAGGACCUUUUGGUGACAAAGGAGAACCAGGACCCAAGGGAAACGUUGGCCCUACCGGAGCACCUGGACUUGUGGGUGACACGGGUAUGACAGGCAUGAUGGGUGAAAAGGGAGAUGUUGGAAACACUGGCCAAGAUGGAGAUACGGGAGAUAAUGGAGAAGUAGGAGACGUUGGUGACAUUGGAGAUCCUGGACCUGAUGGUUUGGACGGUACUCCCGGCAUGGACGGCAGAAACGGUACGGACGGAGGUGCUGGUUUCCCAGGAGAUGAUGGUCCGAAAGGAGCUGCUGGAAUAAAUGGCACCGAUGGAGAAAUUGGAGAUGAGGGGAAGAUGGGUGCAAAGGGUGCCAAAGGAGGGAUGGGAGACGGAGGUGACCCUGGGAUAGAAGGGGACAUAGGAUCAACAGGAGGAAUGGGAGAAAUUGGUGAGAUAGGUGACCAGGGUUCCGCUGGAGAUUCUGGACCAGGCGGCCCUAUUGGUGCCAAAGGAGGGGAGGGUAACAGGGGCUCAGAAGGUCCAAUGGGACCCAAGGGUGUGGCGGGGCCCAAAGGAAUAGCAGGUGAACAAGGUCCUACUGGAAAACCGGCAGACAAGGGUGACAGCGGAGUAAAUGGAACGAAAGGUAUUGCGGGAGUCGAUGGAAGAUCUGGUGUCCCUGGACAAAAGGGAAUGGAAGGUGCAACUGGUAUGACGGGUGAUCAGGGGACAGACAGGUCGUGCAGGAGCUCCUGGAGCUAAUGGAGUGGAUGGGGCAAAGGGUGGAGUUGGAGACAUCGGGAACAUGGGAAAGAAGGGUGAAAAUGGAACUGAUGGCAUGAAAGGAGAAGAUGGUGAUUCUGGUGUACCUGGCAGAAAGGGACCUCCCGGAAUGACGGGAGAGAAGGGUGACCUGGGCCCAAGGGGUCCACGGGGAAUUGUUGGAGAUAAGGGACUGCAGGGUGUGUCUGGCCCGCCUGGAGACGAGGGACCAACUGGAGAUACGGGAGUGAUUGGACCAGAAGGAGUUGUAGGACCAACGGGAAUAGUGGGAAUUGUUGGCAUGGUCGGACCAAAGGGAGAGAAAGGUUUUCCUGGUUACCCUGGCAAGCAGGGCCGUCCUGGUGACCUAGGGGAAAAGGGAGACGACGGGCAGAAGGGUGACAAUGGACUCAAGGGCAUGAAGGGAGAUAUGGGACACCCUGGGAAGCCAGGGACGCCGGGAACGAAUGGAACUGAUGGGGAAAAGGGAGAAGAUGGAGAGAAAGGAGAAGUGGGGGAUAAGGGGCUCAUGGGGAUGAUGGGGGACGAAGGACUGGAAGGAGAGAACGGAACUGCUGGAGAGCCUGGAUUUGACGGUCGUGCUGGUGUCCCUGGUCCUGACGGGGACGAGGGAAUGAACGGCGACAGAGGAGCCAAGGGAGAGCCUGGCGUCCCCGGACGAGCGGGUGACCCCGGCACCCCUGGUAUCCCUGGCAUGAACGGAGCCCCUGGUGAUAUGGGUGACCCUGGGGAUAUGGGCUUCCCCGGCAAGACGGGGCCCAAGGGAAUGAGGGGGCAGAAAGGAGAUCCUGGACAGCCCGGAGAAGAUGGACGUAAUGGUACUAACGGAAUCAUUGGACCACCUGGAGAGAAGGGCAGCGGUGGUAGAACAGGAGUGCCUGGUGACCCUGGUGUCCCUGGGAAGACGGGCAUGCCUGGACCCACCGGCCCACUUGGUGAUGACGGGAUCCCUGGAACUGACGGAGAGAAUGGAACUGAUGGGACACCCGGCAACAGAGGCGAUAUUGGUGACACGGGAGACAAAGGGAUGGUGGGAGACCAGGGGCCACUGGGAUCCCCCGAGAAUGUUGACCUCGAAGAAGGCCGUGGUAUGAAAGGUGACAAAGGCGAAAAAGGCACUGUGGGGUUAAAGGGAAUGAGAGGACCUAAAGGUGACAACGGAACAGUUGGUGAUGAGGGAUACCAAGGACCUCCCGCGGAUGAAGGUGAUAAGGGUGUGAAUGGAAGUAUGGGAAUGAUUGGAGACGAGGGACCAAAGGGGUUCCAGGGAGAGGAAGGAGACAAGGGUGUCAAAGGAGGAGAUGGAGAGAAAGGUGACAACGGCACGAUUGGUGACGACGGAUUCAGAGGGGAAAAGGGCACGAAGGGAGAAAAAGGAAUCAUUGGUAUAGAGGGAGAAAUGGGAGAGAAGGGAGUCAAUGGGUCGAUGGGGGACAAGGGGGAACAGGGUGAUCCUGGAAUAAUGGGAGAGAAAGGUUUUGCCGGGAGAAAGGGGCCUCCUGGACCAGAGGGACCAAUUGGAGGGAAACACAUCAACAUCUAUGAGACGUUUGACGAUUUGAUAGCUUCGUGUGAUGAGAACGAGACUCCGCCCACUGAUGGCUGCCUGGCCUUUGUCCGCAACACCCGAUUCGUCUACAUCCAGUUGCCAGGAGACACCUGUGACUGGGUGCCUUGGGAGGGUCCAAUGAAACCACAUGGACCUCCAGGACCGCCCGGAGAGCCGGGACCAAAGGGAGAGACGGGAAUGAAAGGGAUACUAGGAGGCUUUGGAAAGCAAGGAGAGCAGGCAAAUGUUGGACCAGAAGGUCCCAAAGGAGACAUGGGGCCUAAAGGAGACACGGGCUUUGUGGGACAAAAGGGAGAGAUGGGACCCAAGGGUAUCCUUGGAGACAAAGGAGAACAGGGAGAUAAUGGAGACCCGGGAGCACAUGGAUUGCAGGGACCCAAGGGAGUGAUGGGUGAUGUGGGCGACCAAGGCCCCGAGGGUGGCCCUGGCCUGGUUGGAGACCCAGGGAAACAGGGAGAUGCAGGCCCAGCCGGUCCUGAUGGAAUCCAGGGAGCCCCUGGACUCAUUGGACCCAAAUGGAAAAAUGGGAGUCAAGGGAAUGGAAGGAGAGAAAGGUCAAAAGGGUAUUGCCAACCUUGAUGGAGGAGUGGGUCGAAAGGGUCAGCAAGGAGACUUGGGUCCUAAGGGCCUACAAGGAAGUAAGGGCCUGGAAGGAAACAAAGGUGACAAAGGAAUCAGAGGUUCACCAGGUGAUCAAGGAGAGAGAGGACCCGAGGGAGAUAUGGGAGACAAGGGUCCUAAAGGACGAGUUGGCUUUGAUGGAAGUGACGGAACUCCUGGUGACAAAGGUCAAAAAGGAGAAAUUGGUCCCAUAGGAGACAAAGGAAAAGAGGGAGAACAAGGUCCUCAAGGUGUUAAGGGUGUAAAGGGAGAAGAGGGAGGUCCAGGGUUGAUUGGUAACAAAGGAAAGAAGGGAGACCAAGGAGAUCAGGGUCAGAAAGGGGACAUGGGGGACAAGGGGAACAAAGGUGAACAGGGAGACGACGGUAUGCAAGGUCCUCAGGGAGACAAAGGAGAGAUUGGGUCAGGAGGAGACGAUGGCCCUACGGGAGAUACAGGUCCUCUAGGAGAGAAGGGAUAUCCUGGUAGAGAUGGAGAUCAUGGAGACCCUGGUCCUGAGGGACCCACCGGUCCUGCAGGUCCUAUUGGCCCCACUGGUCCCCCAGGUUCUAUAGGAGAGGAUGGAAAACUGGGAGAACCAGGUAUUAAUGGAACAGAUGGUGACAUGGGAGAAAAGGGAAUCAAUGGAAGACAAGGCUUGCCUGGAAAGCCUGGUAGAGAUGGCUAUGACGGUCGCAAUGGAACAGACGGACUUGUUGGAGCAGAUGGAAAGAAGGGCAUCGAAGGCGAGAAAGGACACUCUGGAAUGAAAGGUGUGAGAGGCCGAAUUGGAGAACCCGGAGAACUUGGUGACCCGGGCCUGCCUGGAGAUGAAGGUCCUACUGGUACAACUGGACCUAGAGGACCCAAAGGACACCCGGCACAAGAUGGUGUGAAGGGAGCCAUGGGGGAGAAAGGCACACUGGGCAUUACCGGGGAAAAUGGAAAAAAAGGAGUGAAAGGAAUGAUGGGUGACAAGGGACUCGUGGGAUUCCCUGGAGAUCUAGGGCCAAUGGGAGAGAAGGGCAUAAAGGGACAAAUGGGAUUUGAUGGCGACGUUGGAAGCACAGGCAUUGUAGGAGAAAAGGGUAUGAUGGGUGAUGUGGGUGAUACCGGCAUGGAUGGCGAUAUGGGAGGGAGUGGCAGUGUUGGAGACAAGGGUAUGAUGGGUCCGAAAGGUGUGACUGGGGACAAGGGACAAAAGGGAGGAGUUGGGGAAGUGGGAUCUGGAGGAGACACUGGAUUCCGAGGAGAGAAAGGAGACAAUGGUACAGUCGGUGACAAAGGAGACAAGGGUAUGAACGGAGAUGAUGGGAUGAAGGGAGAAGAGGGACAUCCUGGGUCAAAGGGACCGAAUGGCAAGAAAGGAUCACCUGGCGUAAGUGGUACUGAUGGUGUGGAUGGAACAGACGGCGUUCCUGGCACUAAUGGACCACGAGGUCUGAAAGGAGAAAUGGGUCCAGCAGGCACACCUGGUGAUGAUGGUGUGGAUGGAGAUAAAGGAGCCAUGGGCAAAGAAGGAGAACUUGGUACACCGGGAGAUGAGGGUGAUAAAGGUCCAAGAGGCGUGAAGGGAAUUAAGGGAAGACGUGGUAUCACUGGGGGACAAGGUGAUAAGGGACCACGAGGACCAAAAGGAGACAUUGGAUAUGAGGGUGAUGUGGGUCCUCCCGGAGAAAAAGGAGUAAACGGAACAAUUGGAGAUGAGGGACCCAUCGGAUCGGAGGGAGAUAGGGGACCUCCAGGGUCCGUUGGCGUCGAGGGAGCAAAGGGAAUGAAGGGUAUGAUGGGUGACGAUGGACUUGAUGGUGACCAAGGUGAAAAUGGAGACCCUGGCUCUGCAGGAGAACCGGGAUUCCUGGGGAUCGAUGGUGACAAAGGAGAGAAAGGACGGCCCGGACGUACCGGACCUAUAGGAAUGGACGGUAUUGAUGGUGGUCCUGGUCCAAAGGGGCAGAAAGGAUAUCCGGGAAAAGCAGGACCUAAAGGAACGUCAGGAGAUGAUGGUGAAAAGGGCCAGCCGGGACCUGAUGGCUUGAUAGGACCCGAAGGAAAAACGGGAAUGAAAGGAGAGAUUGGUGAGAUGGGACCCGUUGGUCCAAAAGGAGACCAAGGAGACAUGGGAGACGUGGGGCCACAGGGAGAGCUUGGGGCAGAGGGAGUCGUGGGAGAUAACGGAACAGAGGGUCCCACUGGAGUGACGGGUCCUCCGGGAUUCAAAGGAACUCUAGGAGAAAAGGGAGAUAGAGGGAUACGAGGAGGGUUUGGUCUGCCCGGGACUAAAGGAAUGAAGGGAAUGAAAGGAGGCGAUGGAGAAAAGGGUAUGAUGGGAGACGAAGGUCUAAAAGGAAUUCGCGGUCGCAUUGGUGACCCUGGGCCACCUGGAGUGGAUGGAACUGAUGGAGAUAAGGGAGCUAAGGGUGACAAAGGCAUGAACGGAACGAUGGGUGACGUGGGCACCAAAGGAGAGAUGGGUGAUAAGGGAAUGAUGGGCUUUAAAGGAGAUAUGGGACCGAAUGGAGGAACUGGACACCCAGGAGAACAGGGACCGCAGGGAGACAAGGGGAUAAUGGGUGAAAAGGGAGAAAAGGGAGGCCCCGGGAUGAUUGGACCUGAUGGAAAGCCGGGGAUCAAACGGUACCGAUGGAGCUAAGGGAACGAAAGGAGAGAAGGGAUAUCGUGGAGCUCAGGGGCAGCCAGGUCUCCCGGGAAUGAAGGGAGAGAAGGGAGAAAGCAUCCCAGGAACACCUGGUACCAAUGGGUCUGAUGGACUGGAUGGGCGCAAGGGUCCCACUGGACCUCCUGGUGAGCGUGGAGACAAGGGAGUAAAGGGAGCAAUUGGACUCAAUGGUCCUCCCGGGAAACUUGGCCCCAAGGGCUACGCUGGUACCAACGGGACAGAUGGCACUGACGGAAUGCCAGGAAUUGAUGGAGAUACGGGUGCUAAGGGUGCAAAAGGACUUGUCGGUGAAAAGGGUGAUAUUGGUCCAGAAGGAGACACGAUAUUGAUGAAUGGGACGAAAGGAGACAUGGGUAAUGUGGGACCACAAGGUGACCGAGGUGACAGAGGCCCCAAGGGAUUCAUGGGACAGAAGGGGGAGAUGGGUGACAAUGGAACAAUGGGUGACCAAGGCCUGCAAGGGAUGUUGGGUGAUGAGGGAGACAAGGGUCUUGUGGGAGACAGGGGCGAGAAUGGGACUAAAGGAGACAUAGGAAUAACAGGAGAUAUUGGAAACAAAGGAGCUCGUGGUGACAUGGGUAUACAGGGACCAAACGGAACUAAAGGAGAGAAAGGGUUCCCUGGAGAUACGGGGAUUCAGGGACCCAAGGGGGGGAUGGGUGAAAAGGGUGACAACGGGACACAGGGUCAGAAGGGUGACAUGGGACCAAAGGGGAUGACCGGACCGUCUGGUGGCACGGGGGAUACUGGGAAGGAGGGCUGCAGAGGUUGCUCGCUGGCCAAGAUAAUGGUCUCCCCCGGUCAAACGGUGGAGGGAGGCAGUGGGUAUGGAGACGUAAUCGUGAGCAGACCUCAGAUUGGUACCGUGGGCUUUGUCAUCGGGACCCGCAGUCUCUGCAUCUACACUCCUCUGGGAUGGAUUGACGUUGAGAGUGGAGACUCGGUUGUCGUCAGCAAGAGGGAAGCAGUGCCACGCAACCGUCGCGACGUCAUUCCCCUAACACCAGACAAUGUCCAGAAAUUCAGACGCCAUCUUGUGCCUCUGUUGCCCCUGCUCAGGUCCCUGGGUGGAAAACUCCUGAUCCCUGAUCCCGUGUGUGGUAACGGAAUGAAGGAAGGGGGAGAGGAAUGUGACGGCAAAGACCUCGGAGAUGCCACUUGUCCCCAACACCACGGCAACAUGUAUAUCGGCUCUCCUCAGUGCUCUGCCAGCUGCCGGCUGGAUAUGUCCAACUGUCAACCACUAUCUCUCAUCUUGUUUGCAUUGAGCUCAGACGUUGACGGAGGAAUGAUGACAACAGGAGACUCGGGAGUACUGAACUUGAUAAACGGGACAUCAAGAGCUAACAUACUGUGUCAGAAAGACGCAGAGAGCUACGGACUGUGGGGACGAUACUCUGCUCUGAUUUCAACAAAACAGCAUAACCUACAGAACAUCACGGCUGAACAGUACCGCCAUCUCCCUAUAGUCAACACUAUGGGUCACAUAGUUGCCUCCAAGUGGGAAGACCUGGUAAAAUGGAGACUCAGAGAUGCUCCUCUGCUAACACUCGAAGGAGACGACAUCAGGAAAGGACAUCGGCGUGGUGUGUGGCAUGGUGGAGUGAGUGCUCGUGGAGACUGCCACUCUUGGAACUCCAACUCCCGCACCGUGUUCGGCAGAGGAUACUCCGUUUCUGGCACUGGUAGACUAGUCGAGGCAACAGUGUCAUGUGACUCUCACAUGGCUAUCAUAUGCACACUAACUGCACCAUAGCAACGUUUACAGAGCAAUAGUUUUAUGUUGUUUUGUGGUGUAUAAUGAUUAUUCGACUAGCUUGCAAACUUGUGUGCGACCGUUAUGUGAACUGAUUAGAAACCACUUGUACAUACAUUGUUAUGUUUGACAGCAUAAAUUUUUGUAACUAUAAUAAUAAUUCUAUCAUUGUGUACCUUGUAUCACUGAAUUUUACAUCAGUUUCUGAUUGAUAACUAUUGUAGGAUAAUUAAAAGAUCACAUUCAGUACAUUUUUACCUAGUAAGUAACCAAGAGGAGGGAUUGUUUGGCA